AUGGAAGCACCUUUUUCUGAAGCAUCGUUCCAUGGAAUCACAGAAGAGGAUCAGAAAAAUCAGAAUAACCAACAGCAUUAUUCUUCAACACCAUCUUCAUCAAGAACUCCACCUGCACCACACAAGAAAAGGAGAAACCAACCUGGAACACCAUAUCCAGAUGCUGAGGUGAUAGCACUAUCUCCCAAGACACUAAUGGCAACAAACAGGUUUAUAUGUGAGGUGUGCAACAAAGGAUUCCAAAGAGAGCAAAAUUUGCAGCUCCACAGAAGAGGACACAACUUGCCUUGGAAGCUAAAGCAGAAGAAUUCAAAAGAUCAGGCAAACAGAAAGGUUUAUCUGUGUCCUGAACCCACUUGUGUACACCAUGACCCUUCAAGGGCUCUGGGAGAUCUCACUGGGAUUAAGAAGCACUUCUCUCGGAAGCAUGGUGAGAAGAAGUGGAAGUGUGAAAAGUGCCCUAAGAAGUAUGCUGUUCAAUCAGAUUGGAAAGCACAUUCCAAGACUUGUGGCACAAAAGAGUAUAGAUGUGACUGUGGCACUCUCUUCUCCAGAAGAGACAGUUUCAUCACCCACAGGGCCUUCUGUGAUGCACCGGCUCAAGAGAAUAAUACAUCACAACCACCCAACAACAUGAGCAGUGCAAUCAGCAGCCAACUCUAUGGAAGUAGCAGCAACAACAACCACAUGUCCUUAGCCUUAUCUCAAAUGUGUCCACAGAUCCAUCACCAAACCAACAACAACAACCAAUCCGCCAGUGACCUGUUGCAUUUUGGUGGAGCAAAUAUUGCAAAGACUGAAGAAUCCAACCACAAUUUUCCAUCAACACCAUCCCUUGGCUUUUCAUUUAAACCUUCACUCUAUCAAACCCCUUCUUCAAUGUUCUUCAUGCCACCAGAAUCAAACCAAAACCAAAAUUACCAUCAUUUUGGUGGGACUGAUUCCAAGCCAUUCCAGGGGCUAAUACAAUUGUCUGAACUUCACAACAACAAUAGCUCCUUCUCUGAACAUUUCAACAUUUACAAUAUUGAAGGGUCCAGCUUCUUCUCUGAAGGGACAUGUUCUGUAAUGGGUGAUCAUCAUCAACAUCACCAAUUCCAAACAAGCUCCACCACAGUCCCUUCUCUCUUCAGCAGCACUUUUCUCCACAGCAGCAACAUCACUCCUCACCUGUCAGCAACAGCAAUGCUUCAGAAAGCUGCUCAAAUGGCUGCAAGUUCCAGCAACAACACUUCCUCAAGUUCUGAUCACAAGCCAAACUAUGGAAACAUGCAGGACCAGAUGAUGAACUCUUCCAUUUUUGGAGCAUCUGAUGAUCAUGAUUAUGGCUUGAAGGAAGAAGAACCGAAACACCUGCAGAAGAUGAUGAGUGCUGGAGGCUCUGAGAGGCUCAGUACUAGGGACUUUUUAGGAGUUGGUCAGGAUCAUGUAGUGAGAAGCUUGAGUGAAGGAGUUUCAGAGGAAGAUCCACAACAACAGCAGCAACAUGGCUUCUUCAACUUGAGCUCUUUGGAAGCAGAGAGAAAUGGAAGCAGAGCAACAGGUCAGUGUUUCGGAGAUGGAGGGAACUUUCAGUGAGGGAAUCUUGCUAAGCAUGGGCAUGCAGCAAAAGAAUGAACAAAAUGGUAGCUAAACAAGAUUUGAACUUCAAAAUUAUUGGUCCAGUUUUUAUUAUUAUACAUUAUAUGUAUGAUGGAGUCAUGUUUUUAUUGGUAAACUCUUGAUGUUUUUAUUGGUAAACCCUUGAUUCUGUGCCAGCAGCAUUUUCAGAAAAAAGAAAGGGGUUGUGUGUGUGUGUUUUAUGAUGAUGAUGACUUGUUGUCUUGCAUGCGGUGAACAGCAAUGUGGUGUAGAAUUUUGUUCCUUAUGUUGGUAUGUUUUAUUUUGGAUAUGUAAUAUAAAGUGAGUAUCAAUUUUUUUCUCCA